CGUCGCGGACACCCGGAAGCAAACGCAAAAAUUUAAACAGCCAUCACAACAACAAUAAAGGCGCACUUUCUCUGUGCGGGCUGUCUGAUGAAUCCACAAUUUAUGGACAAUUAAACUACAACCGCACAGAGGAUUUCUUCAAGUUUACAGGUGCAAACUUAACACAAGUGGUCCAAGCUGACGGCAAAAGUAUGGAAGAAGAAAUAAGGACGUCUGAGACGGAACAAGGAGACGUUGGCAGCAAUGAGGGAGAGCCCAGUGCAGACAUAUCCAACAGCAGUCCGGUAAAAAGAGGAAGGGGGAGGCCACAAGGCUCAAAGAAGUUGAAGGUUUGUGUUACGGACGUCAACCUAAUGGAGCUGGUUUCGGGCAUUUCUAACGGCGGGUCCACACAACCCCAGAGGGGAAGAGGGCGUCCAAGACUCACAAAACACACAGAGCAGCAAGGAUCGGGAGACGACGAUGCUGAUAAUUCUGUGCAAACACCUAGGGGACGGGGGAGGCCCAAAGGGUCCAAGAAACAGGCCAGUGACAGUCUUACGACAGACCGUUCUCCUAGGAAAAGGGGCAGGCCAAAAAAGUCCCUUGAAAAAGUCUCUCUUGAGAAGACUGAUGAGGAAGACUUACCGAACGGUGGCUCGGAUACGCCAAAACCGAGGAGGGGUCGCCCAAAAGGAUCCACGAAGCGCAAGUCGGAAAGUUUAGGAAGUGGUGAAGAGAACGAAGGCAGUUCUGUGACACCGAGGAAAAGAGGUCGACCGAAAGGCUCUCUCAAUAAGAGACGCAGGGUGGAGAGAGAGCAAAGCAGUGAGGAGGAGGAGGAUGAGGAGGAGGAGGAGGAAGAAGAAGAAGAGGAGGAGGAGGAAGAAGCUGAUGAGAGCCUAAACUCGCUUAAAAGGGGGAGAGGUCGGCUCCGGAAGGUGGAAGUGAAUAAAACGUCUGAGUCGAAUGGCAUCUCGAAGCCUCGGCGAGGGAGGGGAAGGCCGAGAAAAAAUAUCGAGGGGGUGAGCGGAGAUAAACAAGAACUGGGCUCAGACGGUUCCCAGCCAGUUAAGAGGGGUAGAGGUCGACCUAAAGGCUCUUUAAACAAGAAACCCCCCAUGUAUAAGGUGCACGGUAAAGUAGGCCGGCCUCGGAGAGUACAUGCCACGCCCACAAGAGGGAGGCGUGGUCGACCAAGAAAACAACCAGCAAAAAGGGGACGGCCGAGGAAGUACCCUCUGCCGUCACCCGAGGAGCUAAAAAAGCCUAAAGUGUGGAAACCGCUGGGGAGGCCGAGGAAAUACCCACGCGUCGAUCCUCCAGAAGGAGCUCCGCCGGCCCCUCGCCGGAGCCGCGGCCGACCUCCCAAGUCGGCGUCCAAGAAAGGCGCCCACUUACGCAAGAGCUUGCCCGCCACUCCAUCCUCGCCGCGCAACCCCGGUGACGGAUCCCCGAGGAAAAGGGGCCGUCCGCCAAGUAUUCCGAGGAGCGACGAUGACAUCCCGCGGAAAAGGGGUCGGCCUAAAGGUUCGGUCAACAAAAACAAAGCCAGAAGUGAAACGCAGCUCAACAGCAGCGCACUCCCCAACCACGAUGCAACCGCUGUUGGGGUGGAACAUGAAGGAGAGUCCGUAGAACAGGAGACGGUGCACGAAACAGAGACGGUGCACGAAACAGACACGAUACCCGUCGAGCUCGGAGGCGAUACUGAAGAAAUGCUCGAUCAGGAGGCGAGCUUUGAAGUUAGCAACCAGGCUUGAUGAACGAUCCCGGUCUGACCAAAAAGAAGAAGAAAAAAGUUGCUGUAGUAGCUGCUGUUCAAAACAUUGAAUAC